ACUGUCAUCGCGGUUUGUAACACACGCAUUGCCAACACAACAUCCUCAAAAAAUUUUUUAGUUUAAGUUUGAGUGCGUGUCAAAAAGGUAUUUGAUCGCACAAUAAGCGGUUUUUAAGUGAAAAUUAGUAAAGAAUUUAGUUAAGCAUUAGCAUUAAUAUAAUAAAUAAAAGACAGAAUGGCUGACGCGGAUAUAGUGCAAAAUCUAACCGAAGCGGUUGAAAAUGCGACCGAAACGAUAACGGGGAAAAAGGUUCCAUCUACACCAGAAGGAAUGCUCGUCGCCUACAGCUCGUUGGUCGUGAUGGCAAUGCUACCGAUAUUUUUCGGUUCGAUGCGGUCGGUAACUCACCAGAAACACCAAAAGGCAACCGGCCAAAAAGCCGAAACAAUGACACAAUCCGAUGCGAUGAUGUUUCCAAUCAUUGCGUCCGGUGCACUAUUCGGACUGUACUUGGUGUUCAAAAUAUUCUCAAAAGAUUACAUCAAUCCGAUGCUCACCUGCUACUUUUUCUUCUUGGGAGUGCUGGCACUUUCUCACCUGUUGAGUCCGAUAAUCGGCAAGCUGAUUCCAUCGUCCAUACCGAACAUCCCGUUCCACAUUCACUUUACGCAGGGUCAAGGUGCCACGAAGAAAGACCUGAUCGACUACAAAUUUUCAUCGCACGACAUCGUGUGCCUGAUCAUUUCGACCGUUAUCGGCGUUUGGUAUUUGAUUCAAAAGCAUUGGAUCGCCAACAAUUUGUUGGGCAUUGCAUUCGCCGUGAAUGGCGUUGAAUUGCUCCAAUUGAACAACAUUAUGACCGGAUUGAUUCUGCUGUGUGGCCUGUUUGUGUACGAUAUAUUCUGGGUGUUCGGAACGAAUGUUAUGGUAACGGUGGCAAAGAGCUUCGAAGCGCCCAUCAAACUGGUUUUUCCACAAGACAUCAUCACAAACGGAUUGAGUGCAUCGAAUUUCGCCAUGUUGGGACUUGGUGAUAUCGUUAUUCCGGGAAUAUUCAUUGCGUUACUGCUCCGCUUCGACAACAGCUUGAAACGGAAGAGUAAAACCUAUUUUUAUGCAACAUUCACCGCUUAUUUCUUGGGACUCUUGACUACCAUACUAGUUAUGCAUUUGUUUAAACAUGCCCAGCCGGCUUUAUUGUACUUAGUGCCAAUGUGCUUAGGCACACCAUUGCUGUUGGCUUUAAUCAAAGGAGACAUUAAUGUGCUGUUUAGCUAUGAAGAUGAUCCAUCGAAGGAAGGAAAGAAACAAUCGUCCGAGGCAAAGUCGUCAAAGAAUAACAAAAAGAAAGAAACGAAAAAAGCCAAGUAAUAGGACGACUGUCGGGCAUUCUUCGCUUAACUACUUCCAUCCGAUAAAGAAAAUCCUUAAGAAGAAACAAUUUUGCAUUUUACAUAACAGUUUGUAAAAACUUAACUUUUGGUACCUACAAUUUAAGCGCAACAAAAUCCAACAGUACGUUUCCGUUUUAACUGAAAUUUAUUCGCUUUUUUCGUCAAUGGAAUUUUUUUUUUUUCUCAAAUUGAAAGUUUCAUUGAAAUUGUUUUUGUUUUCUAUUAUUAUUUUUUCGUUAAGAAUUGGUUGCAAUUAUUUGAUGAUUAAUUUGUGAUUACAUUGUGUUCACAAGGAACUAUUAUUUUUUUACGAAAAUAAACUUGUCAAACAAA